AAUAUGAUUAUUUUUCACUUUAUAACAGAUUUUGAACAUUUUGAUAAUUAAAAAAAAACAUAGAAUAUUACACAGAACAGCAAUAGAAGAAUGCCAGCAUUGAUUUUGUUGACAUUUCUCCACUCUUCCUCCAACUGUUGCUGCUCUCCAUCCCUCCAUCACCUCUUGUUUAUUCUCAGUGAUAAAGAGCUUGGGGUACUAAUACAAAUAUUACAAUUUCUUUAAAAGUAUAAAAGGCAACUUCAAAAUUCAAAUGGAAUAUCAAAAACAUGUUUUUUGAGGCACGGCUGGAAGAUGAAAUGAUAAAAACUUUUCAUUAAAAAAGAUAUUGCAAAAAAACCACCUCACCAGCUCAUUUCUGACAGUUAUCCUUCCACGCUUAAAUGUGUCCUUUAUUUGAAUAUUUAUACUCUGAUUGAAAAAGAAUAAACAACUCAAACAGAUGAAGUGUUCAAAGGAUCGGAUGAAGUAGCAGCAGGUCCAUUCCAUCAGAGUCCAUGCCUUUGUUUGGGCUCGGCUCUUUGUCUGCACCUUUAAAAACAUCAGGAAGGAGGAAAGGGAGAGAAAGGGAGGCGACAGGACAAAUACAAUGAUCGCUGAAACUGGGAAAGACAUUCCGAAGGCCGAUUAUCUCCGAUCAGAAGCGAGCUCCUGCCCAGACUCCCCCGUCUCCUCUCCCUCUGACCCCGGGCGGCUGAGCAGGAGGAGGGACACUCAGACCAGCAGCGGCAGCAUCGUCCCGGAGGAGAGCGGCAGCAUUCAGCCCCUGGUCUCCUCAUCCUGCAUCAUGACAUCGGGGGAGUUCAUGCAGACCGCUCCCCUGCUGGCGCACAAAUCCAAGAGGAGCCUGAUGUACAAGGCGCUCUGCUUCCUCCUCCUCAUAUUUCAGGGCGGCAUCCUGGAUUUCUACCUCAUCAUCUUCACCGACCUGUACUGGUGCUCGUGGAUCGCCACGGACCUGGUGGUGAUUUCGGGCUGGGGGAUUUUCUUCAUGAAGAACGCGCGGAGUAAAAGAGAGCGGGCCUGCGGCUUCCACCAGAAGAGCUCCAUCUUCGGCUGCAACCUGGGGGAGUUCACCUACGCCUACCUGGCCUGGCUUAUUUAUGUCAUCGCCUGCACUCCGAAGGUGGUGCUCAUUCUGGAGACGUCCAUCCUGGACCUGAUCGCGCUGAAGGUCCCGUGCGGAGUGACCGGCUUCAAAAUCAUCGUGCUGCUGUCCGCUCCGCUGCUCUUCUGCCUCAUCAACUCCAUCAUCGAGGACCUGAACGGUUCGACGCGGCACCACUCCCAGAACUGCUUCACGAGCACCUGCUUGGACCUGCUGGAUAGCUUCACCCUGGUGGAGAUGCUGCUCAGGAACGAGAUCCCCACCGUCUACCUGAAGUACACCGUCAUCUCGGUGUACUUCGUGGCCCUGGCCGUGCCGGUGGUCUGGCUCUACGAGCUGACGGCGUCGGAGCUGCGCUGCCGGUGGCUGUGGGCCCGCUUCUCCACAGGCCUGCUGGUCAACGCCCCGCUGCUGGUGGUCAGGUGCUUCCAGGUCUACGUCUACAAGACGCCGGUGUCGGUAUUUAUGUUCAAAAACAUCUUCUUUUUGGUGUGUAAGUUGCUGGAGCUGGUGGAGCAGUGCGUGGCGGUGCGGGGGGUCCGCAGGUUGGCCGGCAGCAGUAACCCGGCCCAGUUCUCCCACUGCGUUUCCGAGAACGACAUGUGUCCGCACGGAUAUGUCAACACUCUGGCCGUCACCCAGUCCUAGAGCCCGGGAAGAGCCCGGAACAGAGCCUGGGCAGAGCCUGGGCAGAGCCCGGAGCAGAGCCCGGCAGACCGCCCUGCCUCUGGGGAUGAGAGGUGGUGAUGCCUUCCAGACACAGCUAGAAACUCGGAAAUCCCAAACACUGUCCCAGCCGACCUCUGGCUCCAGAAAGAGGCUUUGGAAAGCAAAGCAACGUAACCAAGUGGCAGGUCAGGAUAGGGUUGGAGCAGCAGAACAGUACAGGGUAGAGAACCUGUCACUUUAGAACAUAAACCACCUCAACACUGAAAUGAAAAAUGACUACAAAUUCUACAAAGAAACUACAGUUUUCUUAGUUGCUUCUGCCUCCACCUCAAUCCAGACAGGGCUAGAUUAACCCGAGGCCCCGGGGCCCCCAGCACUGUUCUGUGGAGUUGAUUAGAAACAGUUUGCACGACUCACUGCAUUAAAGAAUCACAUGUAUUUGUAGAGCACAUGUCCUAACAGUGUCUUGAUAAGUGUGGACAGUCCAUAGAACACAUUGGAGAUAGUUUUUGAUUCUAAAUUCCUAUUAAUAAACAUGUCUGUCUUUUUGGAUUAUCCACAGGAAUAAGGACAUCCUUCAUAGUGAGACAUGUUGCUUUAGAACUUUUAAAAUAAGUGUGAACUUAAUGAUAUUUACCUCUGUACAUUGGGCUGAAGGCAGAACUUUCAGACACAAUACUGUUCAAAAGUUUGUGCUCACUUAGAAAUGUCCUUAUUUUUGAAAGAAAGGCAGUUUUUUCAAUGAAGAUAACAUUAAAUGAAUGAUAAAUCCAGUGUAGAUAUAGUUAAUGUGCUAAAUGACUAUUCUAGCUGGAAACAGUUGAUUUUUAAUGGAAUAUCUACAUAGGGAUACAGAGGAACAUUUCCAGCAACCAUCACUCCUGUGUUCUAAUGCUACAUUGUGUUAGCUAAUGGUGUUGAAAGGCUAAUUAAUGAUUAGAAAACCCUUGUGCAGUUAUGUUAGCACAUGAAUAAAAGUGUGAAUAAAAGUAUGUCAUUGUCUGGGUGACAACAAACUUUUGAACAGUUGUGUAUGUAUUUACAGGUUUGACAGAUUCCACCAAAAACAUCUGGGGGAUUUGUUUCCUACAAGAGAGUGAGUCUCUUUAUUUUGUUGUGUGGUAAACUGACCCUUGAAAGAAUAUACAGUGUCAAGAACAACAGACAACAAUGCAGAAAAAAUGCAAUAUUAAGCAUUACCACAGAUAAAGAGGAUAAAGAGGAACCCAAACUAACUUCACAGUUCUAUUUAGGUAAUUCAGGACCCCUUGGUGUUGGUGAACCCCAAGGCUGCUACUUAAUAGUCCAGUUACACCAAGGACUGGCUGUGAUUCAUGUCAGUCCGUCACUAAUGAACAAACGUUACUCUUCUUUUUGGCUUUUCAGUUUUGUUAUAAAAAAAAAAAAACUCCAUUCUCUAACACAUAUGUCAUCAGCAAGUUUUGAUGCUGCUAAAGUAGCAUCUGCAGGGCAACAGGAAGCUGAUAUGGAGCCAUGAGGUGGAACUCAGUUUGGGCCCCUAUUGAGCAAGUGGUUGUAGUCCUACAGUGUACCCACAUUGUGCCAAUCAGUAAGAAAGGGCCAGGAAACACAUUAGGGGCCCUCGCCGUUUAGUGGUGCAUAUUGCCAAAUAACCUUGGAAUGAAUCUAAUUACCAUAAAGUAAUACUGAUGUAUGCUAGAUGUGUUUCAGGGCUUUUGAGAGUUUGACAGCUGUGUUAGUCGAUAACCACAUUGCAUUUAUGGGUAAUCUAACAUGAUGUGGUGCCAAAAAAAAACUAUUUAUUGAUUGGUUUUACAGGCUAAAACCAUCUUCAGAGCAGCGGGGGUUGGUAUAUGUCGCUGUGUUACAAUGACGCCUGCUAACUGCACCUCUGAAAACUUGGAGUUGACUACACUUUCUGAGGUUUCCACUUGGAAUUCUGACUUUUGGGGCAGAUGGCAUUCUAUAUGCCGGUGGAUUUUCCAGUUUUUGAACAUGUCUGGUCUCAUCCGUACCAGCCUUACAAUGUUCCCUCUACAGACUGGUCUACAGGUGCUACAGUCAGACCCAACACCUGCAAUAGCCUACAGCAAUUCAAACUCCGAUGCACUGAACCUUCCUGAGGCAUGUCUGUCAGCCUGUGAGUUUCACUGCAGUACUUUAAUGGAAUACAGAGAGGCAGCAGCUGGACAAUGUGUAGAUUUAAGUGGCAAAGUGCAAUUUGAAGAAUCCUUGGGUUUGCUCUGAACAGCUGGGUUCUACUUCACCUAUGUACAUUAGUGUUUUCUAUUGAUGACCGUGUUGUCUCCUGGUCUGUGCUGGUUCUAAAAGCUGUGUCUGGUGCUGACAGUAGAGUAGACGUGUGUGAGUUAAUGCAAUGCUUAAAGACCCAACGGUGCCGUGAUCAACAGGUUUACUAAUCCUUUUCAAAUGGACCCCUGUCCAGCAGCACUUUCUGUUGGUAUCCCUGGCUGUGCUACUGUUCUCCAACUUAUGUCACUUUUUUGAUUGAGUCCUAAAAGAUCACAGGCUACUACUCAAGCCUUGAUUUUUCUCCCUUGCAGAUGCACACAUGGACACGACAGACGCAUACUUGUCAUUAUACUUUUUCUAUUCCAUGUUAGACCACUUGUGGAACUCUGUUCCAUCCCUGUGCAAUAGGUCAUAUCUACAUAUUUCAUACAUAUACACUACUGCAGAGUAUACACACUGCUGACCCAUGUAAUGUAGUCACCUGCACAACACAACUUUUGGGGUGUACACAGAUGUCCACACAGGAGCCCUCAUGGACGCUCACAGACUUGUAGAGAUGACAAAAUGUAUGUCACGGGAACCCCGGCAGACCCUCAUGCAGUCAGACGCACAACAUGUAACUAGGUCAUUCCAGGAUUGGAGGACAUUUGGACUACAAAAUUUUUAAAAAUAGACCUUCUCUUUUACAGUUUUCUGCUCCAUAUUCAUCAAUAAUAGGUAAUAAACUAUCAAAGGCUUGAUUGGCUCAGCUUACACAUCAAUGGUACCAUUUUUAUUCCAUGUUUUAUUUGUUGUUUGCUAACCCUACUCUAAUCACAGUAACAGGGUUGCUAAUCCAUGCUAAUGUGAUCUUUUUCUCAGCAGUAGAAGCUAGAUAUUUAGCUAGCUGUUACUGCUGACCAAGAGGACAAACUGUCUGAUGGAAAACAGUCAAAAGAAUUAGUCUGAUCCUGAUAAUAUGAGGUCGAGUGAGACGUUCAAUCAAGGCUGACAAUGUGAUGAAAAUAUGAAAAAUAGAAGAGCAGACAUAGCUUUGUUCUACCCAUUCUUUAGGAAAAUAGUUUGAUGAUGUUAAUUCCAGCGUUUCAUGUGAUUCAGUGUUUUCUUCUCCUACCAGAUAAAAAGGUUAUGCUAACAGGGUUGUUGUGGGACACACAUUCCAUGCAUAAUAAUUAUUAUUUAAAAUAUUCUGUUGAUUAAAAAAUGUUCCCAUAAUCACAAGAGACAUCAAUGAAAAAGAUAAUUCAGAAAAAAGGAGAUUUAAAUUUCAUUUUAACUGUUUUAUUUGAGGUUCAAUUUGGUCAUCAGGGGGGUGAGACAAGAGAAAAAUGUCAUUUUAGGAGGAACUCCAGAAUUAUUUGGUAUUUUAAAAAUAUUUUCAAACAUUUUUUUCUCCUAGUUUUUUUUUAGCUUUGUUCUCAGGACAGGCACAUUUACACAACAACUGCAUGUUUCAGUAUUUUCUACAUGGAUUAUUUGAAAUUUGAUGGGUGGGAUGUAAAAUGUCCUCCAGUUCUGGAAUGGCCCUUAUAAUGCUGUACUCGCUGUGGCAUCUGUCAUUUCAAGGCCCAUUGUUCUCUGGAUAACAAACUGGCUUAAGUCAGUUUGUCAGAAAAUAAAUGAAUACAUAAAUAUAACACUCAUUCAUUUCUUCAUAGGACUUCAGUAUGUUUAUUUUCUAAAAGCUCAUACUAUACAGAAAAUCUCAGUAGACUGAAAGGUUUGUGUCAUUUUCAACACACCUGUGAAGUCGGGGACUAUAUUUGUGUUACUGUCUUCAUACUUCAUAAUCUAUGGGAUCUCAUUUCCCCCAUGAAACUAGUUAAACAUUAGAACAACUGAGACUGACAAAAAUGUUUUCAUGAGGUCAUGAAUCUUUUACUAAUCAAAGUCAGAGUCACAGACUGACCUAAGUAUUCCAGCUGAGCCUCCACUAAUCAACAUUUUCAGAUUACCAGUGGAUCAAUUGUGUUGUCAUAGUGAGGAACCCACAAAGACAAAUUCCUGUUUUAGCUCGACACGGCAUUUUCAACUUCGUUUUCUAGGCUGGUUUCAGCAAGUAGCUGUUUUCAGCAAGACGAAGACGCAUGAAUGUGGUGCAAUACAAAGCUCUGCCCAGUGUGUUUUCUAUGGUAAAUAAGUGCCUCUCAAAGCAUUGUGGGGUAGAAGGAGAUGUGAUAGAGAGGUGGAACAGGAGGUGUUGUUUGCUUCCAUAUUUGGAGGAUGUCAGUGUUGUAAUAUCUGGGCUCCCUCCUUCAAUGUGCUCUGACUUUAAAAUGCAGAGUACAGUGAUGAGUGCUAGUCCAUAGCACAGAGCACCGUCUUCUCUCUGAUUUCUAGGGAGAAAAAAGUACCUUCACACAUAGACAUUUGAAGUGUUGUACAACAUCACAGUUAUAUUUAGACAAUGUUUGCUAGAGAACAAACUCUUUGGAUUUCGAGCACAGACAUACCUCCAACAACUGUAAAUUUACAAUUUUAUUUAGCAGAAGCUCUUAUCCAAAGUGGCGUUUAUCUGAGAGUAGAUACAACAUGACAUAGGUAUGUAAGGCAGCACUGGACAACUAAAAGGUCAGUUUUACUCAUGACAGUUUUCUUUCUAUUGUCAUUCUUGACUGUAAUCUGUCAGACUACCUGGUGGAAAUGGGCUUCCAUAUUAUACAACAUCCCUCUCCUGCUUUGUGCUGUAAAUAAUUUUAGCAGACUUCAAAAAGGAAGUGUAACCGUGAUAUGGUUGGCUCAGCUACGUUUGGAGAUGCAGCUUUACCUACGAUCAUGAGAAAGAGACGUGCUGUUUGCUGAAGCACAGUGAGCUUUGUGUCUUCUUUCCUGACGUGUCCUUUGCAGGUCAUUUCGUUGUGCAAAAUGUGUGACUUUGACGACCCACACUGCCAACAAUCCAUACUGGUUCUUAAUCACUCCAAAUCUUUACUACAGAUGGGUUUGGUUAGAAAAUGUAGUUAAAUAUUUGUAAUUGUCACGAGGAUUGUUGGAUGAACUGAUAAAUAAUAUUGUGCAGCCAGCAGGUGUUUCAGGUCAGCAGACCUCAUCAGGGUCAUUGUGGAAGUCCUUGGUGCAGUGACUGCAUGUGGCAUCUCCAGUUGUGUGUCUUCAUGACAAAGCUGCCAGGUUUUAGCUCUGAGCUAGGCUAGCAGUCUCCCCCUGCUUCCAGCUUUACUGCUAAACUAAGCCUGACAGAGAGAACAAGCCAAGACAGCCAAUUAAAAAGUGUUGCAUGAAAAUGAUCCAUAGACCACUUCAAUAAAAAGUGACACAAAUACAUAUUAUCCAACUACUUGCGGUGAAAAUCCACUUCAGAGUGGGUGUAAAAGCUUCCAUACUGAUAAGCUGAAGUGGGCCAGAGGGCUGUACUACAAAGUGAGAUUAGUGGGUGAGUGGUGAGGCCAAAGUCAGAGUUUUCAGUAUCAUGAAGGUGGCUCUCUUCCUGACUCGGUUUCCAUGGUAACUGAUGCUGUGGAGCUAACCUGGUCUGCAGCAGGCUAUGUUCAGAAUUUCUGAUUUAAAUCAGCUGGAAUAAGCAUCUUCGAUUAAACAAAGCAUCUUCUAAUGAUUCUUCAAGAGUGAUCCGGAUUCUCAGCUGAGGGAAAAUAAAAUGAAAGUAAUCACUAACUGAAAGCUGCAUAUUACUAAAACCACUGGAUGAAGUUACAGUAUCACACUGUAUGUAUCACGUUGCCAUGGGAACUCAACAUGUAUUUAGUUAGUGGUGCAGAAAUCAUAUAAAUAUGUUUCUGUGUUUAGUUCUGAUUUCCUGUCAAGUCAGUUUCCACUGCUGGUGCUGCAGCUGAUAGAACACAGAUCAGAAAACUGAUCAUCCUACUGGUAUUUAUUACAGAGAAGAUUUAAUCAGUAACAUUAGUUUCAUUUUGAUUUGGUCACAAAAUAAAAUGAUAUCCUGCAUUAUGGGACUAUGUCAGACUGAAAUGUACUUCAAUACAACAUCAUGUUAAAAUAUAUUAAGUCUAAAGUUGAAUAAUUUCACUAUGCAUCUGUCAGUUACCAAUAAUCAGCUGCAUUGAUCAGUAAAAUACAUAUAUUAGGCACGCUUAACGGUUUUCUCCCAGUAUUCCUGUCUUGCAUCGUUUGCAGCAGCAGCUUUUAACUGUCAUACAUUUGUAUAUUCCUCAUUGUUCUCCUUUAAAACAACCUGUUGACUGAAGCAGCCGAACAGUCAUUUUAUUUUGUGUGAAGAAGGAUCUCAUGACGCGUUAAACUCCUUCUUUUAAAUGAAUGCACACAGAGUUUGAAGCAGGAAACCUGACUUAACAAAGAAAGUUGAUAACAACAUUCGUGAUACCAGUUAUCUCUGACUGAGGCUUUAGUUUUUGUCGAGCCGACUUACACAAAGAAAGCCCGGCUAUGUUGAACUUGCUUCAUAGUUCAGCCCUGGAGUGCUGCUGGGAUUAGCAGAGGUGAUACCAAACCCCCUCUCACUGGGUCUGCACAUUAUUUACUAUUUGAAGUAUAUUCAAUCAGUAUAUGUGACUAAAGCACAGAUCUGCAUGCAGAUCUGAACUCAUUUGAGUGCCCAUUGUUUUGGAGAUGAAUGAAGUCAUAGUCCAGUGAGUAAUCACAGUGAGGUUAUCAAACAAAGCUUAUCCAGCUUUGUUUGCUCUCCAGUGAGUGAUUCAUGUCUGCAGGUCAGAGGUUAUGGUGAUUUGUGCCUUGCUUGCUGAACUGCUGAGGGGUCAAGACUGGCAAGGAGAAGAAAAAUACCAUGAAGUUAAGACAAGAUUUUUGUCAAAACCUUAUCUCUUUGUUCCCCACAUGACAAAUACUUUAGUGGUCUGAUGCGUUAGUCACUUUCCAGGCAGCCAGUGGCGUCUACUUCACUUCAUACAGCUUUGAAAGUAAACUUGCUGAUUUCAGACCUGCUUAACCAUCACAUCUAUUUUUUGUCAGUGUUGAGUUACACUUUUUUAGGAAUGCAUAAUUAAGAGCAGAUUGAUUUGAAAAGUCUGGAAUGCACACCAUAUGGCCAUGGCCAUCAUAAUGCAGACAGACCUGAACAAGAAAUAAGAAGUACACUAGUGUUCAAAAGUUUGGGCUCACUUAGAAAUGUCCUUAUUCUUGAAAGAAAAUCUGUUUUUUUUAUUGAAGAUAACAUUAAAUGAAUGAUAAAUCCAGUGUAGACAUUGUUAAUGUGGUAAAUGACUAUUCUAGCUGGAAACAGCUGAUUGUUAAUGGAAUAUCUCCAUAGGGGUACAGAGGAACAUUUCCAGCAACCAUCACUCCUGUGUUCUAAUGCUACAUUGUGUUAGCUAAUGGUGUUGAAAGGCUCAUUGAUGAUUAGAAAACCCUUGUGCAGUUAUGUUAGCACAUGAAUAAAAGUGUGAAUUUCAUGGAAAACAUGAAAUUGACUGGGUGACCCCAAACUUUUGAAGUAUGUAUCUGUUCAAAAUUAAUAAUUACGCUUCUGAAACAAGUUUAUUUUUGUGAUUCUCAUGCUGUAUUGAAAUUAACUGAUAUCAGUGAUGCUUGGAAGUAAAAAGAGUCUGACGUGGAAACCAAGUGUCGCUUUAAACUAAGUCAUGUAAUGCUUUACUCAAUCCCAGCGGUGCUAUUACUGAAGUAGUGUAGUUUAUCCUGGUAUCAGGCCAUGCGUCCUGUAUUUUAAAUUGAGAAUAAAAGUGUAUAUAAAGCGCUUUAGGAACACAAUUUAUUUACACCUUAAUGUGGGUAGUUUUCUUCAAAUUUGCUGAAGGAACUUUUCAAUUAUUUCUAUGCAGGAAACAUGAGGAAAUGCUUAAACCACUUCAGUUCUAGAAAGACAGAACUGUGCUAACCCUAUUGGCUGAAUGUGUUCCAGCGUAAACAGACAAAUGGGAGAGGAGUCUGUCAAUCACUCUCCCUCAGCUCUCCUAAUGCAGGCCAGCAGUCACUGAUGUGUCUCCUAUUAAGUCCACUGAAUGUUUCAUAUUUAUGUCACAUGAUCUCAGCAGAGAUAUCUUUAUGACAAAGAGUAUCUUUUGAUAAAAUCUUGGACCUUUAUUAUUUCAAAGUUUUGAUUGAACUGGUGUUCAUUUACUCUGCAGACAUCACGUGGCUUUGAGGUUGACCCUGAUGACUUCUCUGUGGAGGACUGCAGAACCAGAAAGACAUGUUUAGUGGUUCUUAUUGCUUUCUUUUCAUAAUACACUGGUAGCUUAACAGUGUUUGUUUGUUUAUUGCGUAUCAUAUCUUGCCAAAGUAGUUAAAUGGCUAUAUUUUAUACUAUUUUGUAUUAUUUCCUUGUACCAGUAAUCUACUAAACCUUUGUAUAUGUAUACAAUGCUGCUGGAAAGGCUCUCUAACAAUCUUUAUUUAGAUGAAGGAAGCUUACCACACAGUUUAAUCACAAGCAGGAGCAUAUAUUUACAUGAAAGUUAAGAAUAGGAGGCCUUCAGCAUGUAUGAACAACCGUGUUGUGUAACUACACUAAAGCUACCAAAGGCUUCAAUGACAUGGACGUUCAAAGGGCCAAUCAUGCUACGCAGAAGCAAAUGCUUUUUCCUGCUUAAACCUUUGUGCAAUGAAAAACACAAUGUGCAAUUUCAACAGUCUCUUGUCCUAUCUUAUAAUAUACAGGCUUAGCUUUUGUUUGAACUUGUUUACAGGGACGUAGCUGUUGUUUACAGAUAGGACUUUACUUGUACUGUAAAUCUUUGUGGUGUAUAUCUAUACUGAUACAAUGUAAUUCAUGUACUGUAGAUGUAACAGAGUAUCAUGUGGUUGAAACCUAAAAUAAAUCAGAGAAAGUUACAAAGUGUAAAACGUAAUUAUUUAUUACGGAUUCUUUUAUAACAAAGGAGAACUGAUGACUGAAACCAAAACAAGUAUCAUUAGAUCUACUGUUGAAGAAAGACCUUCAGUUUUUAUGAAAGUGUGAUCCUGCCAGAAAAUAACGUGACAGAAAAGUGUUGGGAUUCCACAGUAAAUCUGAGGUUAAACAGUAUGGGUUUCUUUGUAGCUUCAACAGUUAUACAGGUUUACUAGUCAGUACGUUCACAUCCGUCCAGGGCCACAUUAACUCAUCAGUGAGCCAUGGUACAAAAAUUAACUCUGGGUCCUAAAAUCAAUGUGUUUCUCCCAUUCUCUGUGUACUGGGUAUAGUUAAACAGAAAAGACUAUGAUGUUCCCAUAUUAAUAGAAUAUACACUUUAACUAUACUUAUUCAGGCCCUAAGUUGGGACCUCAAAGUUUUAUAAAAAUGCAGAUGUUGCCUUAAGGUUCCUAUCAUUUCAGAUUAGAAUGUGGUCUAGUUAUUACUAAACUUGAGAAUGUGGAGCUUUUGGACCCCAUGAAGAUCUUGGUCACGUGGACAACUGCUGCUUUUACAGCCAAGGAAGCUGCUGUCUGAGUGAUGAUCCCAAAGCAGAAGCUGCAGUUUCUCUCACAGCUGCUAGACGCUUGUUCCAAGAAAACUGAAUGCAGACUUCUUUGGAAGCUCACUUUAUUAAGAUGAUUAUUUGAACUUGAAAAUGAAAAUGUAAUUCUACACUAGUAUGAUAACUGUUCAUAUAUGUAUGUGUUAUUUGGGUGAAAAUGAAAAUGAAAAUGCAAAAAUCAGUUUGCUUUUUUACCAUGAGCAUGAAAGGGGCAUUUGACAUUUAAUUUUCAAAGACUUAGGCGGACAAUAUUCAAAUGCAGUAAGUCCCCAGUAUUUUGCAUUUAGAAAUUACUAAACUCCUUUUUCAAGAUUCAAGACCUUUGUCACAAACACAAUUAUACACAGUAUAAGCACAGCGAAAUGUAUUAAGCACCUGUUCCACACCAUAACAAGAAAGAAUAAAAACACACAAGAAAUAUAUAUUAAUGAAUAUAUAAAUGAAGAUAGAUAGAUAGAUAGAUAGAUAGAUAGAUAGAUAGAUAGAUAGAUAGAUAGAUAGAUAGAUAGAUAGAUAGAUAGAUAGAUAGAUAGAUAGAUAGAUAGAUAGAAAAUAAAUAAAUAAUCAAA